AUGAAAACGUUCUCCUUUGUUCGUCAUGUCCUUGCAACGACCUCCGCCGGUGGCAUGUUUUUCAACUUUCCUGGAGAAGUUUUGGUAGCUUUGUUGAGUGCGGAAAUUUUUCAGACUACUCCAAGCACCACUAGCUACUUUCCCCAAACAGUGGUGGCUGUGCAAUUUAGGUCUGGUUUACAGCCCGGAAGCAGCAGCGAUGGUAGCAAGGGGAAUAGGGGAAGAGGACGAGUCAGCGGGCCUGGAAGACGCGGAGGGCGGUCGCAAAGAUUCCUGUUGAACAGGGAAAUGCGGGACUACGUUGAGAACGGCAACCUUUCAGGCGCGAAGGGUGUUUUUGAAGAUAUGAAACAGAUAGGCGUGAAGCCGGACGUCGUCAGCUACAACACGUUGCUGGGCGGCCUUGUGUUUUUAGGCAUGGGAAAAGCAAUAGAUGACGCGUUCUUCCGCGGAGGGGUGUUUUUAGGCGGAAAGCUUUCCGGACGCGGAAGGUGCUGCCAUUCUUCUGGUGCAUUUCUCCCCCUGCCGCCGCUCUGA